AUGUCCCCUCGCAAGAACACAACAAUUUUCACAUCAAGCAAACCUCUGGAUGAGUCAACAAAACCUGAAGCAUCCUCAAUUAAGUUAUCGACAGACGCCCAUAGAUUGAGCGUGGAAACAAGUGUGCCAUCAAGCAAACCCACAGCACGUCCCACAGGUUCUUCACUGUUCAGCACAGAGAAGCCUACAUCACUGUCUGUCAAAGAAAAUGAUACUGUUGCUGUAGACCUAACAAUAUUGUCAGUUAGUCCAUCUGUUAACCAAACAGAAGAUUAUCCUUCCUCUACCCCAGAUAGUGUGGUAGAUCACCUUGAUCAUACCCAAGAAACGUUCAUCCCAAAGGAUUACGUCAGCAGUACAGUGAAAUCCUUUUCCAGUACUGACAGUGGAACUUCAUUGUCCUCUAAAAUAGCUUCAAUGCUCAGCACCACAGAAAGUUCUGGGGAUGGCACAGAUGAUUUCACGAAAGACUCACUCAUAACAGCAACUGUGUCUUCAACACAAGGAACAGUAUCACCAUCUGUGGUAGCAUCUCUGACCCCUGAGAAAAGUGAGACUUUGGGAACAGCCUCUACUGCAGCAACAUUGCUCAGCAGUACAGACAAAGUUUUGUCUGAAACCUCAGCAAGAACACAACAAAUUUUCACAUCAAGCAAACCUCUGGAUGAGUCAACAAAACCUGAAGCAUCCUCAAUUAAGUUAUCGACAGACGCCCAUAGAUUGAGCGUGGAAACAAGUGUGCCAUCAAGCAAACCCACAGCACGUCCCACAGGUUCUUCACUGUUCAGCACAGAGAAGCCUACAUCACUGUCUGUCAAAGAAAAUGAUACUGUUGCUGUAGACCUAACAAUAUUGUCAGUUAGUCCAUCUGUUAACCAAACAGAAGAUUAUCCUUCCUCUACCCCAGAUAGUGUGGUAGAUCACCUUGAUCAUACCCAAGAAACGUUCAUCCCAAAGGAUUACGUCAGCAGUACAGUGAAAUCCUUUUCCAGUACUGACAGUGGAACUUCAUUGUCCUCUAAAAUAGCUUCAAUGCUCAGCACCACAGAAAGUUCUGGGGAUGGCACAGAUGAUUUCACGAAAGACUCACUCAUAACAGCAACUGUGUCUUCAACACAAGGAACAGUAUCACCAUCUGUGGUAGCAUCUCUGACCCCUGAGAAAAGUGAGACUUUGGGAACAGCCUCUACUGCAGCAACAUUGCUCAGCAGUACAGACAAAGUUUUGUCUGAAACCUCAGCAAGAACACAACAAAUUUUCACAUCAAGCAAACCUCAUGAUGAGUCAACAAAACCUGAAGCAUCCUCAAUUAAGUUAUCGACAGACGCCCAUAGAUUGAGCGUGGAAACAAGUGUGCCAUCAAGCAAACCCACAGCACGUCCCACAGGUUCUUCACUGUUCAGCACAGAGAAGCCUACAUCACUGUCUGUCAAAGAAAAUGAUACUGUUGCUAUAGACCUAACAAUAUUGCCAGUUACUCCAUCUGUUAACCAAACAGAAGAUUAUCCUUCCUCUACCCCAGAUAGUGUGGUAGAUCACCUUGAUCAUACCCAAGAAACGUUCAUCCCAAAGGAUUACGUCAGCAGUACAGUGAAAUCCUUUUCCAGUACUGACAGUGGAACGUCAUUGUCCUCUAAAAUAGCUUCAAUGCUCAGCACCACAGAAAGUUCUGGGGAUGGCACAGAUGAUUUCACGAAAGACUCACUCAUAACAGCAACUGUGUCUUCAACACAAGGAACAGUAUCACCAUCUGUGGUAGCAUCUCUGACCCCUGAGAAAAGUGAGACUUUGGGAACAGCCUCUACUGCAGCAACAUUGCUCAGCAGUACAGACAAAGUUUUGUCUGAAACCUCAGCAAGAACACAACAAAUUUUCACAUCAAGCAAACCUCUGGAUGAGUCAACAAAACCUGAAGCAUCCUCAAUUAAGUUAUCGACAGACGCCCAUAGAUUGAGCGUGGAAACAAGUGUGCCAUCAAGCAAACCCACAGCACGUCCCACAGGUUCUUCACUGUUCAGCACAGAGAAGCCUACAUCACUGUCUGUCAAAGAAAAUGAUACUGUUGCUAUAGACCUAACAAUAUUGCCAGUUACUCCAUCUGAUAACCAAACAGAAGAUUAUCCUUCCUCUACCCCAGAUAGUGUGGUAGAUCACCUUGAUCAUACCCAAGAAACGUUCAUCCCAAAGGAUUACGUCAGCAGUACAGUGAAAUCCUUUUCCAGUACUGACAGUGGAACUUCAUUGUCCUCUAAAAUAGCUUCAAUGCUCAGCACCACAGAAAGUUCUGGGGAUGGCACAGAUGAUUUCACGAAAGACUCACUCAUAACAGCAACUGUGUCUUCAACACAAGGAACAGUAUCACCAUCUGUGGUAGCAUCUCUG